AGCUGGGAUAUUAUUUUGCAAAGUCAAACGUUUCCGUUGACUUCAUCUUAAUCGUCGCAGAUCGAGUUUCAAUGGCUUCCUGUUCUUCCUCUGGUAUUUUGGCUUGUGCUAAUGCUAGCAGUUACGACGUUUUUCUAAGCUUUAGAGGCGAAGAUACCCGUCAUUCUUUUACCGAUCAUCUUUACAAGGCAUUAAUGCAAGCAGGAAUCCGUACUUUUAGGGAUAACGAAGAAAUCAACAGAGGUCACGAACUGAAGCCGGAGAUCGAGAAAGCAAUCAAAGAAUCUAGGGCUUCAGUAGUUGUAUUGUCAGAAAACUAUGCAACUUCCGCUUGGUGCCUCGACGAGCUCCUGUUGAUCCUCCAACAAAAAAGAGAGUGCAAUCAUUUCGUUUUACCUGUUUUUUAUCAAGUUGAUCCAUCUGAUGUAAGGAAACAAAAUAAAACGUUCGCAAUCAAAGUCAACGCGUCUCCAAGGUGGACAGAUCACAACCUGAACCUUUGGAAGAAAGCUCUUAUGGAGGUUGCUGAUUUGGCUGGCAUGGUUCUGUCUGGGCCUGAAACAAAGUUUUUGAAGGAAAUUGUUGACGCAAUUUACAACAAACUGGAUCGCAAAGAAGUUCAUCUUCCACCCAAUCUUGUAGGGAUGAGCAGUCGAUAUGGUGAGAUCAGUUCCUGGUUAAAGCGACCCGAUUUUCAAGUUUUAGCAAUUUGCGGCAUGGCUGGAAGUGGCAAGACAACUUUGGCCAAGUAUAUUUACGAUUCAAAUUGUAAUUAUUUUGAAAACACAAGUUUUAUUGAAGACAUUGGUCGUAGAUGUAAAGAAUACCAUGUUAUGCGUAAGCUACAACAACAGCUUCUUAAAGAUAUUUUAGGUGGCAAGAAGAGAAAAAUACCCGGCGUUUCUCAAGGUACAUGUAAGAUUAUGGAGGCUUUAGAAACGAAAAGGGCGCUUAUUGUUCUUGAUGACGUCACUGACCAUGGACAGAUACUCCAAUUACUUGGAACUGGGACGAUUAAUGCACAAAGCAAGAUUAUAAUAACAACCACCCGGGAAAGUACAAAUACUUGGUUUCACUUUCACUUCCCAUAUCGGAGGGUAUGGCUUAAUAGCGACUCUUAUAGAAUAUUAAGCAAAGGAGAGGGUUCAGAAACAAUAGAAGGUUUGGCACUUGAUAUGCAAAUGCUAAUGGCAGAGAAGCAUGCAUUCAAGUCAUCAAACCUCACGACAGCUGCACUUCAAAAGAUGGAUAAACUAAAAUUGCUGCAACUAAAUUUUGUGCAACUCGAUGGGUCCUACAAGAAUUUUUCAGAAGAUUUAAGAUGGCUUUGCUGGUUUGGAUUCCCUUUACGAACCCUACCCUCUGACUUAUUCAUGGGAAAUAUGGUGGCUAUAGAUAUGAGCUAUAGCAACUUGGAAGUAUUCGAACCACCCAUGGUUCUUCAAUCACUGCAUAUUUUAAAUCUUAAAGACUCCUACAAUCUAAUUGAAAUCCGCAACAUGUCCAGGAUACCUCAUCUCGAGACUUUGAUUCUUUGGAACUGUCAAAGUCUGGUUCGUGUUUGUGAGACCAUAGGAGAACUCACGAGUCUUGCACUACUGAACAUGACAGGGUGUAAAAAUCUGUGCAAAAGGGAGCAAACAAACCUGUUAUUAAGGCUAGUAGCUUCUACUUUUGGUGGAGGAGUUUCAAAUUCAGAACAAAAAACCUUUCCUUUCCCACAUUCAUUACACCAGUUGUUCCUCAAGGACUGUAAUCUCGAUUCUUUUCCUUUGAAUUUCAGUGUUCAACCAUCUUUGGAGUACUUGAAUUUAGGCAAUAGUCUGUUUGAGUUUCUUCCUACUUAUAAUCAUCUUAAAAAUCUUCGGGUCCUUGACUUGAGUUUAUGCUCAAGGCUUAAAUCGCUUAUAUCUCUCCCAAGUACACUUGCAGAAUUGUAUAUAUACUACUGUACGUCACUGGAGAAAAUAAGUUUUGAAUCACAUCGAUUCACAUUGCAAGAGUUGGGGUAUGAAGGUUGUAUUAGUUUGUGUGAAAUAGAAGGCUUUAUCAAAUUGGUGCCUGUUGCAAAACUUGAAGAUAAUGAUUUGGGACACAUGAAGUGGCUAAAAGAAUAUCAAAAUCAAGAGGUGUCCCUGAUUGGUGAUGAUGAGCUAACCAAAGGCAGAAGCUCUUUUCUCCAGAUGCUAUAUGAGUUUGAUAUAAUGAGCACAUCUCUACCAGACAUAACGGAUCCAAACAUGAAGCCUACGUAUAUAUCAGAAUUAUCGUCUUUGUCCUUUGAUAUGUCUUCGUGUCCCAAGAAUAGGAGGCUUAAAGGGCUUGAUAUAACUUUCAAAUACACAACAAUAUCAGGUGAUGACGAUUGGGCAUGGUUCUGUAAAAUCAAUACGAACAAUGGUGUUGAGUUGAUGUACAAUCCCAAAGUCUUUGGCAAAAUCGAUUCUGAUAAAGUUGGUAUAUGGUUUAGUUAUUGGCCAAUUGGAAACACAUUGAACACUGGUGAUAAAGUUAAUGUCACGAUUGUUGUGAUGAGUGGAUUGGAGGUACACGAAUGUGGUGUGAGACUUGUUUACGCUAAUGAAACAGAAACCUUAGAAAAUAACAUGGGAUGGAUAGAAACUCUUGGAGGAGAUUUGUCUGGAUUUCAACUAAGCACAGGAGCAUACUAUCUUUGUCGUCGUGAUUUCUUUGGGUUAAUGGAGGUUGGCAGACUGAUUCCUGACUGGUUUAGGGUUUUAGUUGACGAUAAUACCAUUGACUAUACUGAGGUACGAGGAUGGAGAAAGACAGGUCGACCUAAGCAGUUAAAUCCCUCAUUUACAGAGUUGGGAACUGUUAGAUGCAUCAUCGAUGGUCCUGAACCGGAGGAAAUUUACAAGAUUCGAAAAAUAUCUUUUUUAGAUAAAACUUUGAAGUUGACAUCAAGGAUAUUUGGGGAGACAAGGAAAUCUGCCACAUCCUUUAAAUCUAGUUAUACAGCAAAAAAGGCUGAGGACAAAUCUGAAGAAACAUUUGAUGAAAAUGAAGAUGCAGACCUACAGUUUGAGGACAUGUCUGAAGAAUCAUAUGAUGAAAGUGAACAUUUAGACCUUUCAUUAAGUGAUUUGGAUGAGAGAGCAGAAGCUUUUAUAUAUAACUUUCGUAAACAACUAGAAAAGGAAAAAGGUGAGAGUUCGAGCAUGUAUAAAGCCUUUGUUCCUAAUGAGAAUCAGGAGUCUACUUCAAGCUCACAUGGGGAAAAACUGAAAUCUCUAACAACAGAUGAUGGUAGUCGCCAGAUGAAGAAAAUUGUGCUGGAAGUCAACUUAGGCAGCCAAAGUCAAAAACAGAAGGUGAUAAAUGCGUUAUCUGGACUUGAGGGCAUUGAAACAAUCCAUGUGGAUACCGAAGAUGGGAGAUUAACUGUUACUGGGGAUGUUGAUCCUGAGGUUGUUCUUAUAUGUGUGAGGAAGAUUGAGAUGGCAAAUCUCAUAAGUGUUGCACGUGCAACAUAAUAUAUAAACUGAGAGAUUCCAUGCUGUCAUUUCUGAUCGAUUAUAUCCUGCUGCUGCUCAUUUCAACAAUUGCUAUACAUACAUAUAUAAAGUUCCUCUACAAUUUUCAUUGUAUCUGGUUUGCAU